AGGGUCGCUACAAACUGUUCAAAAUGUUUUUGACUUCAUAUAUUUUGUGAACUUUUAGUUAAUGGCAAUUAUCGACAAUUUUAGAUCAAUGAGAUCAUAAGAAGAUUGAAUUUUUCUGUUUAUCUGAUAAGUACACAAUUAUUCAAAAUUCAUUCUCUAUCGAAAAUAAAAUAUUUUAUGGUACCGCUAGCCUUGUUUUUGGCUGCGGUAUAUACGUAUGAAAUGUCUACCUUUGGACGAUUUAAAACGAAAAACAACCUAUAUUUGAUGUUUCAUUUAAGACGAUCAGGUAUUAUUAAAUCACAACAUGUUUAUGAUGCUAUGUAUGCUGUUGAUAGAAAAUAUUUUAUAGAUUUACCUGUUGCUUAUAUUGAUGCUCCACAAAAACUUGGAUUUGGAGCAACAAUAAGUGCUCCACAUAUGCAUGCACAUGUCUUGGAAUUACUUCAAGACAAAUUACGCGUUGGUGGAAGAGCAUUAGAUGUUGGAUCAGGAUCUGGUUAUUUGACAACCUGCAUGGCAUAUAUGUUAGGACCUUAUGGAACAGCUAUAGGAAUUGAACAUAUUCCAGAACUUCAAGAAAUAGCUAAAGCAAACAUAGAAAGCUGUUAUCCAAAGUUUCUUACUUAUGGACGUAUUGAAUUAGUUGUUGGAGAUGGAAGAUUAGGAUAUCCACCAAAAGCACCUUAUGAUGUUAUUCAUGUUGGAGCAGCAGCAAAGGAAGUACCUCAACCUCUAAUUGAUCAAUUAGCUUUUGGAGGAAGAUUGAUAAUUCCUGUAGGUCCAGAUUCUUCCAAUCAGACUUUAGUCCAGAUUGACAAAAAAAUGAAUGGAGAAAUUGAACAAAAGUCAUUAAUGGGCGUAGUAUUUGUACCACUUACUGACAAGCAACAUCAACUGAAAUCAUGAGGGUUGUGCAAGCUCCAAUAAGUGAGCAUUUUGUUAUUUAUAGUUAUGAGUAUUCAUAUUACUUUGUAAUUACUUUUGCUGUGAACAAGGAGAUUAAAAUUUGUUGGCAAAAGAACUGAGUACGAAUGAAACAAAUAAGUUUAUUAUGAUAUUUAUUCUAUAAAUAUUUUAAAUUUAUCUAAUACAUAACAAACUAUACACAUUUUUUGAAAUAUGAAAUAGAGAGUAAAUAAUAAAAUGUGCAAAUAACAAUAUAUUCCGUAAUUAUUUUCUUCUUUGCUUUAUAUCACUUAGUUAUAAUAGACUCUGUACAUGAGACAUUCAAACAAGAAUGUAUUAAUAAAUGCUGAUUUAUGUGACUAGAA